AUGAAUACCCCACUGUUCAGUCGGGCCUAUCCCAGGCUGUUUGGGGCAGCUUCACGGCUAGUGGAGCUUAGUGUUCCCGGCUAUGCCCAGCAGAGUCCUCUCAUAGGAAGGUGCAAGGACACCCUCUCCACAAUCACGGGGCCGACCACCCAGAACACAUACGGGCGCAAUGAAGGGGCCUGGAUGAAGGACCCCCUGGCCAAGGACGAGCGGAUUUAUGUAACCAACUACUACUAUGGCAACACCCUGGUAGAGUUCCGGAACCUGGAGAACUUCAAACAAGGUCGCUGGAGCAACUCGUACAAGCUCCCAUACAGCUGGAUUGGCACUGGCCACGUGGUGUACAAUGGCGCCUUCUAUUACAACCGGGCCUUCACCCGAAACAUCAUCAAGUAUGACCUCAAGCAGCGCUAUGUGGCUGCCUGGGCCAUGCUGCAUGAUGUGGCCUAUGAGGAGGCCACACCUUGGCGGUGGCAGGGUCACUCAGAUGUGGACUUUGCUGUGGAUGAGAAUGGCCUGUGGCUUAUCUACCCAGCCCUGGAUGAUGAGGGAUUCAGCCAGGAGGUCAUCGUUCUGAGCAAGCUCAAUGCCGUGGACUUAAGCACGCAGAAGGAGACCACAUGGCGCACGGGGCUUCGGCGGAAUUUCUAUGGCAACUGCUUUGUCAUCUGUGGGGUGUUGUAUGCCGUGGACAGCUACAACCAGCGGAAUGCCAACAUCUCCUAUGCCUUUGACACCCACACCAACACACAGAUCGUCCCCAGACUGCUGUUUGAGAACGAGUAUUCCUAUACUACCCAGAUAGACUACAACCCCAAGGACCGCCUCCUCUACGCCUGGGACAAUGGCCAUCAGGUCACCUACCACGUCAUCUUUGCCUACUGAUACCCUGGUCCUUGCAGAAGAAAGCACAGAGGGGCCACUAGCACCUUGUGUGUGUGUACGUGUGUGCCUGCGUGUGUGAGUGUGUAGGUGGGUAUGUGUUGUUUUAAAAUAUAUAUUAUUUUGUAUAAUAUUGCAAAUGCAAAAUGACAAUUUGGGUCUAUUUUUUUAUAUGGAUUGUAGAUCAAUCCAUACGUGUAUGUGCCGGUCUCAUCCUCCACAGUUUAUAUUUUUGUGCAAACGAACUUCUCCAUUUGACCAGUAACCUCCUUCCUUUGCGCCUCCAUCCUUCCAGCUCCCAGGAAAGGUUUCUUCCUCGGGGUCUUGCAGGCAGAAAGUAUCUGCAACAGGAGUAAGGGAGGCAAGAAAGAAGUGCUGGGUGGCAGGAAAAAGUUUUACAUUGGAGAAGUUUUAAAAACCCAGAAAAAUGCUUUUUUUUUUAAAUAAAGAAGAGAUUUAAAA